AUGUAUAAUUUAUGGCAGACAGUCUGCAGAAAAGUGGAAAUGGGAGAAUCUUCAACAACAGCAAUAAUAAGAGAAAUUGAUGAAGAAACAAGAAUAAAGUUAAAUAAAGGUCGCUUGGAAUAUAUUUUACAUGACCUUACUUAUAAUUAUAAUGUAGUAUUACCAGUUGAUCUACAAAUAAAGUCAGUCAGUAUCAAUAAUAAAGCGAUAGAUGAUGCUUUAUUAGAUAGAUUAAUAAUAUUGAUUGAUAAGCUUGAAUUAAAUAAACAAUAUGCACUUGAUAAUAUGAAUCAGUCACAAGAACGACAAAAAGAUCGAUACAAUAAUCACCGAGUUUCAGAAAGGUUAAAAAUAGUUGGAUUUAAUUACUAUAAAUUAAGAUCUAUUGAAGAACGAAUAGUCAAAGGAACCAUACAUGGUGACCGCUUAAAGCAAUAUAACGAACAGGAAAUAAAACCAAUGAUAAAAAUAUUAGUAAAAAAGAAUUUAAUUUUCAAAGAAAUGACGCAAGUAUACCAGCUUAUAUAUUCUGAUUUAUUAGCAAUAACCCCAACAACUAUAACAUUACCGCCUUUACUAAUGAUAUCUUCUCAAGAUGCAAGAAAAAUAAUUGAUACAGAAUACAUGACUCAAAAAGAUUCUAAGUUAUCUAAACAUUAUUUUAUUAUAUCAAAGAGAGUAUUUCUUAUAUUUGAAGAUAAUCUUGAACAACUAAUGAGAACUCAGUACAUGACUACAGCUCUAUUUGUAGGAUUGAAACUAAACGACCUCAAUGAAUUAAUUCACUGGAGUUCAUUUUUAAAGAAGAGGGAUAUU